AUGGCAGCAAUACCUACAACUUCAAAUCAGUAUACAUUCACCUCUUACCUUGAUCAGCUUCCUGCUAACUUCAAGAAGCUAUUGCUCCAAAAUUUGAAGAAGAAUGUUGCUUCUGGAAAGCUUGUUAAGGUUAAAGCUUCAUUCAAGCUCUCAGCAGCGGCCAAAAAGCCUGCAGUUGCCAAGCCAAAGACAAAGCCGGCUGCCAAGGCAAAGGCUGUGAAGGCCAAGACAGCCGCUAAGCCCAAAUCUGCUGCUAUCAAGCCCAAACCUGCUGCCAAGUCAAAGGCAGCUGUGAAACCAAAGUCCAAGGCAAAGCCUGCAAAGGUUGCAAAGACAUCGACGAAGACGUCACCAGGAAAGAAAGUUGCUGCUGCUCAUGCUGCUGUUAGAGUUGCAAUAUCAGAGACAUGGCGAAGAAAGGCUAUUUGGAACCGGGUGAAAGAUUUUCAUUUGCUUACGGGAAUCCCUGUUACAAGUCACAUUAUUUCCCUAAUAGUUGGCAGUGAAGACAAAGCACUGCAAGCAAGCCGGCAUUUACUACAAGCUGGCUUCCAUGUGAAUCAAUCAGUCCCACCUAGUAGAACAAAAAAAAGAGGGAUGAGCAAGAUUUGGAACUUUUUAUAAACACUCUACUGCGAUAACUGGGAAGGAAACUCACACAAGACGUAGUCGAUUGACUCGUGCUCGAGCGGCUGCUUUAAGUGCAACUGGACAGUUGCCACCAUUGAAGAAGGUAGCAGAAGAAAGUCAGAAAAAUCCUCUAAGAGCCAAUUCAAAAAGAGCAGUUUCCGAUGAUACGUAUCUUCCGCAUGAGAAGAGGGCAAUUCUUCAUGAUGUCACUAACAUUCGCUGCGAGAACACUUAUCGGAGCGGUUUAAAUCCAACUGAAAAUCAGGCUAAGAAAAGAAAGCUGACUAAACCCGCUCAACCCGAUGACUCAAAACCGGUGAAAUUAUCAGAAAUGCGGCUUAGAUCAUCAGAAGAUGUCAUGUGUUCUGUUAAGUUGGAAGACUUGAACCAAUGCUGGGAGAUACUUGUUGAACCAAUACAAACGGUUAUGCGAAGAUACAGUGUUCCUGAGCCUUAUGAGAAGUUAAAAGAGCUGACAAGUGGAAAGCAACUGUCUUGUUGAUACAGCCAUUGUUUUUGCAAACUUCAGCAUCAUAGCCGAGCCACCACCUGAAACCACCCAAAACCAAGUGCAAAACCAGAGUUGUGAUCAAAACCGAGACCGCUUUUGGAAUCUUCA